CAUUCAUUUACAAUGAACUUUGGGAUAACAGCCUGACCAGGGGCUUGAAAUGAAUGGGAAAUGACAUUAAUGACAAAAAAGGAAAUAAAUGGAAAAAAAUACAUUCAAGAAAAGACUUUGUACUAAGGAUGCCCCGAAUGUUCGACAACCGAAAUUAUUCGGCCGAAAAUAGCAAAAAAAAAAAAAAAACCCCUUUCGGUGUUCGGCCGAAUAAAUUUGACCGAACAAUGACGUGUUUGAUGACGCGCCAAAUAGCCUAGCAACCAGAGUGAGAUACGCGAAUUUCAAGACCUCCACUUCCGGCAGCGCGCUCGGACAGAUGAGGGGGCGCGCGCAUGCACGAGCGCAUGUUCUUCGGAUGUUGACAACCGUGACAUUGUUUACUGUGGACAUGUGCGUUUGUUUUGUUUCUGUUCCGGAGUAUUCGGUCACGUCGCGAGACUUAAGGGAGUAGAGUAUGGAAGCAGGUGAAGGAGCGCCGCAGGGGAAUUAUGUGGCCAGCGGUUACAGCGUUUACGAGGAGGAGAACGAACAUUUACAAGAAGGUCUUAGAGCCAAAGUAGACGCACUGAAACAUCUUUCAAUUGACAUCGGGACUGAAGUCAAAUACCAAAAUAAAAUGUUAUCAGACAUGGACUCGGACUUUGACUCAACUGGCGGUUUCUUGGGAGCCACCAUGGGCAGACUGAAGUUGCUGUCCAGAGGAAGUCAAACCAAAAUCUACUGCUACAUGCUACUUUUUGCUCUCUUUGUAUUCACUGUUCUUUACUGGGUGAUCAAACUGAGGUGAUGGAAAGACUAAUGACUGACUGCUUUCUUGACAUCCUCUACCCUGUGUGCCAUGCUCCGCUGCAUCAGACAAACGGAACGAAUCAGGCCAGUGAUGCCUCUGAAAUGAUUAACAAAGAGUAUCUGAUGUGUUCAAUAUUUCACUCAAAAGUUAUGCAAAAUCAGGGACAGAAGUUAUUAGUAUUCCUCACUGUAAUAGGUUGGUCAUUUUAGGAUGUAAAUGUUUGUAUUAUCAGUAUUCAGUGUGAGAUAUAAAAGGCUUUAAGGCAAUGCCAAUAUGUCAUUCUAGAUAUGCAGCUGUUUCCUAGGAUUAAUCAUACUAUCCCAGAAUGUUUUUUCCCCACAGUUCAAUGCAUGCAUCAUAUGAGGAAGUAAUCGACUGCUUUUUAUAUAAACUCUCCGAAAACAAAGAUGUUAGUUUUCUAUGAAUACACAGAUCCAGGCUGUGCUGCAGGUCAGAGAACAGAAAAACAGUGAGAAAAACAUCGUCUAUUUUGUCAAGCUAAUUGUUCAUCAAGCUUCUUGGUGUAAACAACUUAUUAAGCUGGCCUCCUGGUCAGCAUGUCCUUUCAGAAUAAUUGUGACAACACUGUAGUGAAUGCACAAAAGCUCUAAACGAUAGGGAGGUCACGGUCUGCCCCUGUUCAAGGAAAUGUGUAAACAUUAAAAAUGUUUUCUGAGGGGGAAAAUCAACAGUGAUAAACGUAAUCUUUUCUAACCGUAACAUUUUAAUCCUUUUUCUGUUGACUUGUAAGUUGAGGUUUAAUUUAAGAAUGAAUUCUGAAUAUACAGAAGAUAUCUUAAGCUUAACAGCUCUGGACUAAAAAUGAAAUGGAUUUCUCGCAAUUGUGAUUUGUACGUAAGAGAAAAUAUCUAAUAAUGUUUAACAAUAUACAACAAUAAAAUGUUGAAGAAAGUAA